UGAAAUAAUGUAUUUACAUUUUAUUUGAUGUUAUUCACUAUAGAUUACUUUGUUUAGCGAAUGUACAAAAAUAGAUGUAGAUUUGUUUCGAAGAUGACUUGGAAGCUCUUUGCCGCUUUCAGCUUUUGCUUAUGUAAUUAUCAGUGUCGGUGUUCCGAGCAAGAUACUCCUGAAGAAAUUUUUAAGCUCGAAGUAGAACAACAAAGGGUGAAACCUGGUGAAGCAAUCAAUUUUAGUGUCGUGUACACCCGGUUGUUCUUAGAGAAUGACUUUCUUAUUACAGUUUACCAAUUUGGUGCUGUUAUCGAGCAAUGUAUAUCUCCUGCUGUAUAUCACAGGGCAGGGUCUGAGGAGUUAUCAUUAAGCGCUAGAUAUUCCCGUGAUUUUGAGAUCGUUUUUGCACGAGUUGGUAUUUACAAGGUUGUGGCAUCCAUUGAGUGGACAAUGUUCAACUCCAGCAUCGUUAUGAUUGUUAUCUUACCACAGGAGAUAGAAAGGUACUUUGCCAAAUGUAAAGGGAUCCUCUUCACUGCUAAUGGCUUUGCGUUAUCGCAUUACUUAAACGGCAUCAAUAGACAAGUUGACUUCAGUGAAUGGUUAGAGCUCAAAAGUCUGUUGACGUCUUCAGCCUGUUGGAAUGUAACUAACUCUAAUGUCGUUUGGCACAUAGAAAAACAUGGACAGAAGAUCUAUUCGGACAGAAGUGAUCCUUUUUGGUGUCCACAUUCUAGUCAUAUUGGACAGGUUAACUUGACAACGUAUAUGAUCAAUCAUGCAUCUACUUUUGUGCCAUUGCCUCCUAUGAGCUCACCAGAAAUAACUCUUCAACCAUACAGCCUUCCUCCAGGCUUGUUUAGAAUCUGCCUCCAUAUAAUUCUAACUUACUCCAACUUUAAGCAUUGUGGUUUUCUGUUAAGGCAAGCAACUCAUGAAGAUGUCACAGAUAUGAUUUUAACAUCUUUUUGGCCCAGAGAGUAUUCUUUCUUCUGGCCUAAUAAUAAUGAUUUGAAACUGGAUGCCUCUGAAACCUUUUUCUACUAUCAACAUCCAGAUUCGGGUAACAUUGGCGACAUAGGGCUGAGAGCUAAGUGGGUUUGUGGUUCCUUGCACAUUUGUUAUUCAAUAGCUAAGAACCUGAACUCUUCCUUCCAUGAAGUCUCAUACAACUCAAAAAGCAUUGAUCUCCCUUUCUCAGGAUUUGCUCUUCAAUUGUUAUCUUCUUGGGUUAAAGACUUUGAAGAUCAAAUAAAUGUGACUCUCAUCAUCUCUGUUGUUGAUCCUAUCACCAAUUUAACUGGCGUGAAAGUGAAGCGUUGGAUAGUCAUUUUCACAGAUUCGUCAGUACAAUAUUACAUUCCCUUCUUCAGAAUAAGACGACUCUCGAACCAAUGGAGAAUAAUUACACCCACAAGAUCACUGCUCUUAGCCAUUGCAUGUGUUAUGUGUGAGCAUUUAGAGAGGGACUACCUCAACUUUACAUGGGCUAUCAUUAAGAUAAAUUCGUCUAGUGAGAAUGGUAAUUGGUCCCUACAAGACCUCAAUUACAUAAAGUAUCAAUCAUUCUACUAUGGUAUAAACCUUCUGGGGUUGAGAAUGUCAAAAUUCAGAGUAAUAUGUUUCUUAACAUAUAUCAAUGAAGAGGAAGAUGUGAAGUUGUGGUCAUAUUCUAUACGGACAUUUAGGAUCUCAGACAUACCUCAAACAGAACCUAUCAUCAUUCAACCUAGUGUUGGUUUCUACAAACAACAUAGAUAUGAAACGAUUCGACAUCUCUACUUUAGAAUCAACACAUCUAGUGUAUUAAAAGCAUCUCCAUCUUCAUACCCAUUAUUUUUUAAUACUUUCAAUUUCAGAGAGACCUCGGAUCUCCUCACCAGCUCAGUGGAAACAGUUUUUAACAUUCAUUUAGCUGCAAAUGAAUUGCCAGGUCUAAUCAUUGGGGGUGCAUUUGGUGGUUUUGCUUACUUGCAGAAGUAUAUGUUUAUUACAAAGAACAUAAUAUUCUAUUACAAUACCACCAAAGUAAUGUCAGAAAUUGAAGACAUUGUUGAAAGAUUUGCUUCAACAGACGAUUACAGAUUACUACGGCCUCUGUUUUCCAUAGCAUCAACUGUGCAAAAUGAGUAUCCUGAAAAGAUUCAGUCGAUGACUGCUAGAAUAUUAGCACAUUUUCUAGACUUGGAUCACAGCAACAUAGUGCUGGCUGAGUAUCGAUCUAUGCUGCAUCGUUUGUCAGACAUUGUCAGAAACUUUCAGAAUGCAGAUAUGCAACUAAUAUAUCUGUUGUUAAAAGUUAUAAUGCUGAUUUUUGAUCUGAACAAAACUUACUACUGUGAAUAUUAUGAUCUACAGAGUCUCAGCGUCUAUGUUAUUAUUUUGGAAAAAGCUGCUGUAGUAAUUGAACAAUAUCUAAUGACGAUUAGUAACCGUACAAGUCCUACUGAACUUAGGAUGAAAAUUUACACAAUGCCAUUUGAUGUGACAGUCCUCGAAUCAUAUAGUCUUAUGAUAAAAAAUUUAAAAUAUAUCUCGAAUGUCUUGUCAAUAAGUUUAACCAAGCCUUAUCCAGUCAAAGCCAGCUUGAAUUCUGAAAUAUUUUAUUUGCAAGCCUUCUGGGUGGACAGUUCUGCUUAUGAACAGGUCGAGUUACUGCUGAACAAUACAGACGUCCAUGUCUAUAUUGACGUGCGGAAGGAAAUGUUUCAUCCACUGACUAUAGACACGAAUGUGCAUCUAUCAGGAUUUAGACAUGACCGCUACCUUCCAGCUGCCUACUAUGGAGUGCCUCUUAACGCCCCAGAGGUGUAUAUUAACAUUGAUCAAAAGGGAUUUAACCCAUACCCUUUGAAAACACAGAACGAAGAUAUGUUCAACAUCUUUUUUGAUUUUGGAGACAAUGAAGCUGAAAUAUCAAAACCACCACCUUCAGAGCAUGUGCUUAAAUAUGUUAUAGAUGAAAAACUAAACAUUAAAGACAGCGAUUGCUUAAUUAUUCAGUUCCCAACUUCCACUAUGAGAGACACUCUGGUAAAGAUUUGGUCAAGUUCUAAGUACAACCUGAUUGUUAGAAGAAUCAAAAGUAGUUUUGAAACAGACAUACAGGAUAUUUUUGAUGUCGUUCCAGAGACUCUCCCAGUCUCAUUUUUUCCAUCCUAUGGGAAUAUCAAUGCCGACUUGCGAAGUAUCAUCUUACCUAAACUGUCAACACAUGAGAUCAUAUCCAAGAAGGCAUCAUCAUGGUACAUAAUGAUCCAUCUUCAGAUCGGUAUGACCUAUCGAGGUAAGAUGCCUUUCUUUAACAACACCAAUGAGAAGAUCUUCAUAACUUGCCAGCAGCUGGCCUGUGUGAAGUUAAUGGAGAUCGGUGGGACCUGGACACAUGAGGAUUGUCACGCAACACAUUUUUCAUUGGGCACUCCCUAUAGACUGAACUGUAUUUGUGCGUCUGGUAACAUAUUUACUGGUGGAGUCAAUACUUGUGGCCAUAAAAUGCCACGGCUGCAGUUCCAAGUGGAUAGAUUUACUCUGAUCACUUCCAAAAGUACUUUAAUCCAAGUUUUUUUUGUCUUGGUCUUAGUCUGCUUUAUAAGUCUUGCCAUUAUUUGUAGAACCAGAAAGUUGGAUAGGCUGGAACGAAGUCUGGGCAAUGUCCACUCAAGCUUCGAACUUUGCAACCCUUAUCACAAGUACCAGUAUCUAGUGUGUGUAGUCACUGGGUGGCUGAGUGGAUCUUUCAAAACUAAUCCUGUCCUAGUGAUUGUUGGCUCUAACAACAUUAGUCAAAAGUAUUACCUGAUUCUUGAAGAUUCUUAUUAUAAAGCAGGCUCAGAGGUCUGGUUUCUAAUCAGCAGUCCCAUUUACCUUGGGAAUUUACAGUUUGCUAUUAUUGGGGUUGAGUCUGGGGUAAUAGGUAAACAUACUUGGUACUUAUCCAUGUUGUUUCUGAAAGAUCUGUCAACAGAGCAGGACUGGUAUUGCUCGAUCAACUGUUGGCUACACCAUUCUUACGUUGUCAAGCCUUUUAAUACUUUUGCCAGUCAAGGGAAAACACGUUUCUUCUUGGAAAAGUUUCUGAGAUUUCUGACCACACUGCAUGUAUUUAUGGGAAUAGUUUACAAUGUCCCAGGCAGCAAAUUUAAUAAGACCCAACACGCUCUAAGCUGCUUUGUAACUGUACUCCUGACCAUGGCUAUGACAACACGACAGCAACAAGAAAAGGAUGCAAACUAUGCUGACUGGAUCUUUUAUGCAAGUUUUGGUAUAGCCAGUAUAUAUUCAGUGAUAGUCAACAUUUUCCUCAGUUUAGCUCGCCCCAGCUACAAUGACAGAAACAGACUCCAGUGGCCAUGCACGAUUAAACAUGAAGAACUGUCUUACUUUGAAGUAACUAAAGAAAAAUGUUUGACUAGCAAAGCCAGAAAGGUACCUCUUUACAAACCUGAAGAGCGUGAGGUGUUAUCUCACAAUGUUGAGUUUGACACUAAUGUAGACCCCUGUGAAUGGAAUAUCUCCCUGAGUACAUUUUUAUUCAACGCAAAGAUUAACAAAGAAAGGUUGUCCGUGCCAUCCUCCUUGGAAUUCUUACAAGCACAUGGGCGAAGCCGUCGUGUCAGGGAUUCGACUUUGCAUAUGGCUGAAAUAGCUCCAUUCCUGGACAGAAUCAAGUCAGGGCUUACCCAUUCAUUAUUGUCAAAAAUUGCGCUGUUGCUGACUCUACCGACAUAUUUCAUUAAUUCGGUGCUGAUUUUGACAGCCAUCAGCCUGUUGUAUAUGAUUGUCAGGAACGCAUUUAUGCUGAAGCAAUCGCUUGAUGAUGAUUACUACACUAACCUUGGCGCCUCCUUGGUGAUGACAGCCUUUUUAAUUCAGCCAGCUAUCAUCUUUCUCAUAGCCUUACUUUUGUCGGAAAGGUGGCAGGAUUUCCGGCACGAAGCCGAAAGUAGAGUCAGAGACAACUGUAAGGCUUUUGCAAUGAGAGUAAAGAUGUUGGCAUUAAGGAAAGUUCAACUCUCCAAAUCUUGGAAGCAACAACCUGUCCAGUACAAUGAUAAGUACAUUGAUUUCAUCAGAGCAAAAUGUAUGCAAAUUUCUGUUUCCACAGCAGGAAAAAUAUCAAGUUCGACAACUGCAGCCGCGUCCUUCACCGUAUCAACCAAAAAGUAUCGAAUGUUUAUUGCUAUUCUCCUGAUGAUUGUCAUCAUGAAUUUACGAAGUAGUCACACCCGUUCUAGUUUCCUGCAGUCCUCGCUAUUUAAGACCAUACUGGACUAUCGUAAUACUGAAGAACAGAUGGUGUUAAUUGAUAAUAUUUGGGAGGAAUUGUUGACCUCUUCUUACUUUGGCUUUCGUAACCAACUAGCUAAUAUUAACACAACUGCCACUCUUUUCUCCGUGAGCACUGUCAAUGUCAUGCAGGUCCGAAUAUACCCGCCUGAUGUGUCUCACAUGCCACAUGAAAUCAUUCCUAAUGUUAAUGAAACUCUCAAGAACUUUAAAUAUGAGGACAGGAAUUUUGCCUACACCUGGAAGAAGGUUACAUUGAGAGAUAUUGGCAGUGGGGCCUACACCUAUGUCCCAGAUGAAUCAAUGGUGUCAGCAUUUGAUGGUGGUUAUGAGUUUGUCUACACAUUAAAAGAUCAGAGGCCAUCUUUCUUACUUGAUCUUAAGUCCAGAAAUUGGCUUGACGAGUAUACUAUAUAUGUCGUGAUUGGCACAGUGUUCUACAAUGCAGACACAAAAAUGAUUACUUUUGUCCAAACUCAAUUUGAGAAGAUUGAAGUUGGUAUGUUUUUAAAGUCUCACAAUGUGGCCACUCUACUCAUGUUUGAUACUCCGUACGCCAACCUGCAGCUGCUAACUUGCAAGAUUUUGUUUGGCAUUGAAGCAGUUAUUGAAAUCUACGUAAAAGUUAAACAUAUAUCAUGUUUGGGGUUCAGAAGCAUGAAAAAAUGGGACAUAUUAAUGGGCUUUGUGGAGCCCAUUGUAUACAUAACAACAAGUGUGUUUUUGGCUUUAGAACAAACAGCUUAUUCAAAUUUAAUUAAGAGCUUUAAAACAAGUAUGACAUACAAAUUCACCAACCAUGUGAACUUCCAUAACUUCUACAGUACUUCACAAAUAACAUUGCUCCUUCUUUGUGGUCUAGCAGUCAUCAACUUUAUUCAUGCCUUUCAAUAUGUCAACAACCGUCUUCUCCAGAUAUUUGUGACCAUGUUGCCUGAUAUAUAUACAGUUUUCUUUCCCACUGGGUGUGCUAUCAUUCUUGUGGGUAUUUUGGGCCAUCUGCUGUACAUGUAUGUAUUGGAGUACCACACUUUAUGGGCAGCUAUAACCACUGCUUUUUCUUUUAUGUAUGCUGCUAUGACCAACUCCUGGAAGAUCAUGAGAAAAGAAAACAUAAAUUUGUAUGUCAUGGUCUUCAGUUUCUUGCUCAAUUAUAUUAUCCUCAAUCACUUUGUGGCAGUUAUCAAUGUGCUGUACAACCAAGUAAAGCUUGAACAACCAAGAAAGACAGAGAAGCAACCCAAACGUUUACAUUUCUCCUCUUGACAGCCAAACAGGGUGAAGUAAUCUAUGUUUUGAUUUAUUUGAAGAACUAUAACAUCAAUCAAUUCAUGGAACUUGUCACCAUGCUGGUUUAUAAUUGGUAUAGGAAGGGCUGCCACAGCAAUCACCAGCUCAUUAGGAGCUGCUUAGUCAUUUAUUGACAGCAUGUCGGUAAACUCAGUGAAACAGGCAACACCAUUUCCUAAAUUGUAUUCAACUACAACUCUCAAGGAUAUAGAUAGUGAGGAUAUUCCGAAACUUCACAACCUCUUUAUGAUAUGCAUUCAAAUUUUAUGCAUUAUUCAUGUAUGUUGGCAACAGCACAGAGGAUCGACUAGUCCUAUAUCAAAAACUUUUAACAAACAUGAACAUUUCUUGUGAACAUGUAAUAACCAUUUAAACAUAUAUAAUGAAUUGCGCAUUCUAGAAUUUUUGCUGUGUUCUCUUGAGACUGUUUAGAUGAAAUACUACUUUCUUGAAGGUAAAAUUCUAUUCAGGUGUAAAACUCAAUAAAUUUGUGGUUAAUUUAAUUGAAACUGUAAAAGAAUUGUAUGCACAGAAACACCAAAAACUCAAUAUUGAACUCUGUAAUAGCCUCAUUUUGUUUUAGAUUGCUGAUGGAGGUCCAUCAAAAUAAUUUAAAACAUUGUUGUUCUAAGUUAAAAAUAGAUUUCUGGCAUUGCUUUUUAAAUAAACAUUUACAUUUUUUUAUCUUAUAUUAUAAAUUACAGCUAUUCCUUCAAAGAAGAUAAUUACAUCCUACAGACAUUUGUGUUUUAUUAUAGUUGUGCAUGUUAAUUAGAAACUAAACUCUACUAAGUCAUUUGUUGUCAUGACUUGUUUAAAUAACCAUUUUAAUUGGUAAACAGGUAUUAUAAAAAGAUAUUGCAUUAAAAAGCUUUGUUUAUUAUUGCACAUAAGCAAGCACUAAUGUCCACACAUUUCGUAUUCUGUUAAAAAAAAAGUACUAUUACAGUUUAGGAUAAAAAAAUAGUAAUUUUCCCAACAGAAAGCAAUACCUUUAUCAUUUUGGACAAAUGCUUUUCACUUAAUGCCUAUUGGCUCUACUCAAUAUUAAGUGUGUAAUAUUGUGAUUGAUCCUUUUUCUUUCCUUGUAAAUGUUUUCUGUGUUUUGGAUGCCUCUUCAGAGUUUACUUUCUAAUCCGAAACUCCUGCAAGACAACGGGGGAUGGCAGUGGACAGGGUAUGCACCUGGGACGCAUACUGCACAACCAGGCAGCCAUCCUUUAUGUCCAAAGUCAUGCUUCCAGAGUCACAACAUAAUUUCACAAGAGCAAAUAUUCUCACUGGUGACCAAUUAUUAUGGGAUAAUUGUAAAGAAAAUACUACAUUCUAUAAUUCUGUAACAACAUUAAAGAAGGGAAAAUAAAUAGAUCAAUUUUUGUUUCUUCAGAAUGUUAUUCUAUUUUUGUUCUGUAAAUGUAUUUUUUUUUUUCAUAUGUAUUUUAUUUAUUUUGUUUUCAUUUUAUUUUGUAAAAUAUUUUAAACAAAUUUUGAUAUUAUGGAUUUAAUUCCUAUAGAACUAUAAAUAAAAUAAAGUACCAGCUCAAGAGAUGCCAGACAGAUAUGUUGAUUAAUGAAGAUGAUUUAGAUACAACAAAAUUUAUUCCUGAGACUAAGUUAAUGGCAGUGAAUAGGCAAAUUGUUGUAAAGUAUUUGUAGGUGGGCUGCUCAAUCGUUCAAAUAAAAGACUUCUUAAAUGGAUGUAAUUAUAACUUAUGUAAAUUAAAUGUGGGGGGCGUGGUGGCUAAGUGGUUAACUUGGCUUCUGAAUCUGGGGUCCUGGGUUCCAAUCUCUGAAGACUGGAAUUUUGAAUUUUCAGGUUUUUUAGGGUACCCCGAGUCCACAGAAGUCUCAAAGGUACCUGACUUCAGUUGGGGAAAGUAAAAGGGUUUGGUCAUUGUGCUGGACACAUGACACCCUGCUCGUUAAACGUUGGCCAAAGAAAAAGAUGACCUUAACAUCAUCUGCCCUUCAUCUGAAAAGGGAACUUUACUUUUUACUUUGAUUUAAAUGUAGUUGUGUCUUACUACAAAUGAUGAGUAGGGGCCCCUCAUUUCACUGUGAAAUGGAUCUACAUUGUGUUGUGUGUGUAAUAUAAAUUUUUGUGUGUAUUAUACACACGAGUAUAUCUCUGCUCUACGCUGAAGCAUAUGUUGCGCACCAGAGCGCUGUUAUAGACGGGUGAUGAACAGAGGGUAGAAACAAAAUGGCUGACAGCUGAUUCCGGCUAAGUAGUUAGAGAAACAGAACUAGAGAUGAGUUAGAAGCGCCCGAGUUGUACAAGGGAUCAUUGCCAGUGUGGUCAGCAGAUGAGGCAAUGUAGGCUGUCUGGUCAGGAAGAAGUGAGAAAACUGUGGAAAGGGUCGUGCCUGUUAGUGGACUAGGCAUUCCUGGUAUUAUAGUAGGCUAUAUGUGGACUAUCGUUCCUGAGACAAUGAGAAGCUAGAGAGCAACACGUAGGCUACUGUGUUAGUGGCAAGAUAUAUAAUAUAGUGAACCCUGUAGGAACGUUAAGACAUAGGCGGCAACAGUGAUCCUUUUAUAUUAGUGGAAGACAGUGAACCCUGCAGACCAGAGCUAAAUGAAUAUAAACAUAUAUUAUAAUUAUUAUUGUUUAUUAGAAUCAUUUCUCGUCUGUUGUCAAGAAAAUAAACAUCUCAUCUUUU